AUGAAGAAUGUGAUCGCUUCAAUUCAUGUGAAGUCAGAGGCAACUCCAGUCUUCUGUAAGGCUAGGACUGUGCCAUAUCUGAUGAAGCCCAAGAUUGAUCAGGAACUAGACCGCCUAAUCGAGGCAAAUAUCAUUCAGCCGGUGGUUUCUGCUGAGUGGGCAGCACCCAUUGUGCCUAUAUUGAAACCGGAUAACACGAUCGCUACCCACUUCCGACACCUGAAGAUCUCUGCUACGCUGUCGGGAGGUGUGCUGUUCACCAAGCUGGACAUGGCACAUGCUUACCAACAAAUUGAGCUUGAUGAGAGGAGUAAGCAGUAUACUACCAUAAACACUCACAGAGGCUUAUUUGUCUACAGUCGACUCGCAUUUGGAAUCUCAUCAGCCCCAGCUAUUUUCCAGCGGGUGAUUGAGAAUCUGCUGGCAGGAAUCCCUCGCACUGCGGUAUACCUUGAUGACAUUCUCGUGUCUGGCGCUUCUAAGGAAAAACACCAGGCCAAUCUGGAGGAAGUUCUUCAACGGCUCGCUGAGACUGGCCUGCGGUUAAGGAAGAACAAGUGCUGUUUCGGCAUGACAUCCGUGCAGUACCUUGGUCAUCAAAUCAGCAAGGAUGGUCUGGCUACACUGGACAACAGGGUCAUCGCAAUUGUGGCCGCACCAAAGCCCAAAGAUGUGAAACAGGUCCGGGCUUUCCUGGCCUAUGGAGUAGGUGCGGUCCUGGCUCACGUGAUUGCGGGUGAUGAGCAUCCUGUCUGCUAUCACUCCAGGACUUUGCAACCAGCUGAAAAGAACUAUGCUCAGGUGGAGAAAGAAGCAUUGGCCAUGAUGAGAUGGGCACUCAUCCUACAAGGCUACGACUACGAGCUCGUCUACAGACCUGGCCCAUCCAUAGCGAAUGCAGAUGCGCUAAGUAGGCUUCCACUACCUCAGACUAUAGAGAUACCGGUACCACCAUCGGUAGUCAACCUGAUGCAGCACUUAGAAGGAUGUCCUGUGACAUGCACGAUGAUUCAGCAGGACACUAAAUUGGAUUCAGUCAUGGUGAAUCGAUAUAGGCCAGCAAAAGCACCACUACAUCCAUGGGAGUAUGCUGCGAAUCCGUGGAGCCGCAUACAUGUGGACUUUGCCGGUCCUUUCUUAGGACACAUGUUUCUCGUCAUCGCUGACUCGCAUACUAAGUGGCUGGAAGUCUUCAUGAUGCAGAAAAUAACCAGUCAGAAAACAGUGGAGAAGCUGCGAUUCUGCUUCGCCACGCAUAAGUUCAUCUCAGCUAAUGGCAUCUGUCAUACAUUCACUGCACCCUACCACCCAUCGUCGAAUGGCCUCACGGAGAGAGCUGUUCAGUCCUUCAAGGAAAAAAUGAAGCACAUGCAGACUGAUUCGCUUCAGACUCGACUCACACGUUGGCUCGCGAACUUGUCUCACACCGCAUUCAACCACUGGUCGCUCUCCAGCAGAGCUGCUGCUUCGACGUCGACCCAAGUCUAG